AUGGGUAAAAGGAAAGUCGCAGCGCUCGAAAAGGUCGAGGCCGAUUUGGCUGGUCUCCAAUACAAAAUCAGGCGCGACCCCUUGGCCUACGAGAAAGAGUUCUUGGACCACUUUCGCCAAUAUGGUUCAUCGCUGGACCAGUUCAUGGCCGCACCCCUCAGCAGCGAUUCUGGCGCCCUCAUCUCUUUCCGAGAACAGAUUGACCUCAUCGCCCAUGUCGCAGACCUCUACCCAGAGCACACUGCCGGUUUUGCCGACGAGCUCAAGGAAAUCAUCACCAAACACCAUGCCAUCCUAGAACCCGAACUUCGCGAAAAGGUUGUGAGCUCCCUUGUGCUCCUGAGGAGGAAGGAAGUCGUCGACUCGAGCUAUCUCCUGACCACGCUCUUCCCCAUUCUGACAACGACACCGAGCAAGAGUCUGCGCUCCCUCCUCUUCACCAAGAUUGUCAGCGACCUGCGGUCCUCCAACACCAAGACGGUCAACCACAAAUUGAACCGUACAAUGCAGACGGUCCUCUAUAACCUCGUCACCUCCGAUCCCUCCUCACCCAAGGCCCUCUGGGCAGUCAAGCUCACCAGAGAAAUGUGGAAGAGACAGCUAUGGACAGACGCCAAGCCAGUCGACGUGAUGAGACAAGCCUGCCUUGCGGACAACGAAAAGGUCGUAGUUGGUGCGGUCCGCUUCUUCCUCGGCGGUGAUAAGGAGCGCGAAGAGAUGGAAGAUGACGAAAGCGAGGACGAGAACAUUGACAUUAGAAAGGUCAAGCAUCAGAUCGGCAUCAACAAGAAAACAAAGAAGAAGGCCAAGGCUCUGGAGAAGGCCGUGGACAAGGUGAAGCGACAGGAGCGCAAGAAGCAUGCCCCGCAUCCCUUGAACUUUUCGGCACUCCAUCUGCUUCACGAUCCCCAGGGAUUCGCAGAGAUUCUGUUCCAGAAGCACCUACAAGGCUCCAAAGUCAAGUUGUCGCUUGAGUCGAAGCUACUCGUCCUACAACUGGUGACGCGUCUCGUUGGUCUUCACAAGCUUACAGUGAUCGAACUCUACUCUUGGUUUAUCAAAUACCUCACACCAAAGCAACAAUCAGCAACCUCUUUCCUUGCCUCGUUGGCACAGGCUACGCAUGACCAUAUCCCGCCAGAUGUUCUGGAGCCUCUCAUUGAAAAGAUCGCCAACGAGUUUGUUUCAGAGGCUGCCGCUGCAGAAGUAUGCUCGGCUGGUAUCAAUUCGAUCCGAGAGAUAUGCGCGAGACAACCCCUGGCAAUGGGAGACUCUCUCCUGCAGGACUUGGUGCAGUACCGCAAGUCCAAGGAUAAGGGUGUCUCCAUGGCUGCCAGAGGUUUGCUGUCAUUGUACCGUGAAAAGGGCGCGGAACUCCUCGCAAAGAAGGACAGAGGCAAGGAUGCAACCAUGGGAUUGAAGAGUGGUGAUCAAAAGCAACGCAAGUUUGGUGAAGAGGCAGUUGGUGAAAUUGAGGGUCUAGAACUGCUAGAAAAAUGGAAGGAGGAGGAGAGGAAGAGGAAGCGGGCAGAAAAGGGCCUGCCCGAAGAUGCAGAUGGGGAUGAGAACGAUGAAGAAGAGGAGCAAGAUGACUGGGAGGUUGCUUCAAUGGACAGCGAUAGCUCUGGCGAAUGGAUACGCGUCAGCGAUUCCGAGGAUGAGGACGAGCCGAUACCCAAGAAGCAGAAGAAGAGCGACGAAGACGAGGAAGCUGAGGACAAGGAUGCAGAGGAAGAGAUCAAGACUCUUUCCAAGCUUGCUACAACGUCUAUUCUCACACCUGCCGAUCUCGCCAAGCUCCGCGAAUUGCGCAUGGAAGCCAACAUAGAUCAGGCCAUGGGCAAUCGCAAACGCAAACAGCAGGAGGCUCAGCAACGGCACAUUGAUGAAGGUCUGACUGCUGAGCAGAUCGAGGCACCCGCCAAACUCCGAAAGACUACCAAGGAGGAACGAGUAGCCAUGGCCAAGGAGGGCAAGCCUGAGCGCGAGGAGCACAAGUCUACACAAGCCAUCCGCAAGUCCAAGAAGGAGGCCGAGGGCAAGUCGACAACCAACAAGGAGAAGGCUCGCAAGAAGAACUUCCUCAUGACCUUGAGCAAGGCUAAGAACAAGAACCGGCGAAGCUUGACACAAACGAGAAACAUUCUCAAGGCACACAUUGAGCGGAGCAAGUCUGGUGGUAGAAGACGUAAUGGUGUAAGCAAAUGA